UUAAGUACGCUAGCAACAGAAAGUCAAGCUUCCUCAAUCAACACAUUGAUGAGCUGAUGCUACAUUCUCUUUAGCAGAAUUUGCAGAGUAGACACAUUUCACUUCAUUCAUAUAAGUUGUUUUUGUUUUGUUUGGCUACAGAAGUUAAGUGUUUUGAACACAAAAAAGGACAAUGGCCACACUACUUUCGAAAACACGUACUCCACCGGCCCCUACUCCUCCAUAUUCUGGUGUUGUUGGGACCAGAACCGACAGUGAGCUAGCUGAAAGUCUUGCAAGAAUGACAACAUACGGUGAUAGUGGUGUGCUAGGAACUGCGAGAGGAGCCCCCACAUCUGAAGGCUUUCGCUCAGCUAAGCACACUCCACAAGAAUGGCAUACAUCAAACUACCAACAAUAUUACCAAAGUUUUUCAGAUCGUGACAACGCAGAGAGGCUGCGACAUGAAUCGAAGACACUGUCGAAUGAGACGGAUGCCUUGACGAAGCGUACUCAGACAGAUGCCACAAAGAAACUUACAGAGCGCCUUCACGAUAUCCACUUUUGGAAGUUUGAAUUGAACCGUGAAAUUGAAGAGAUGAUCGAGGAGACGGAUCUACUCUGCGCCCAGAAGAAGCGACUAGAAAAUGCUCUUGACGCCACUGAAAUUCCAAUGUCAAUAGCACAAGACAAUUUGCAAUGCCGCGGAAGAAGGCAUGACAUUGAUCUUGUUCAUGAUCGUGUUGAGCUUGCACUUAAUAAGGAAUAUGAGAUAAUUGUCAAAGUACAAGACUUGCUGAGGAGAACAAUUGAACAAUCGGAUAGACAAAUCAAAUUGAACCGAGGAAGUAAGCACAAGUUGACAAUGGAUUGGUCUGAUAAAGUUGAAGCAUACGAUAUUGAUACCAAGUGCGCCAAUCUCAAUAAUGACUCAACUGACAUCAUGUACAAGGAGGGCUCGGCAAAAUUCAAUGCUGUACAAUCAACACCCGAGAGCUGGGCUCAGUUUUCGCACGACAACAUCGUCCGUGCCGAGCACGAGAAACUCGCUUCUCAGCAACUCAGGAACUUGAUCGACCAAAUUCUCACAGACACAUCGAAUGACAUGAGAGAGCAAUGCAACACCGUUAACACAGAGUUUGCAAAUAGGAUUCAAGAAAUGAACAAUGCCAAGACACAGAUGGAGAACCACAGAGAAAAGAUUGUUGAAGAGAUUGCUGAAAUGGAGAGGAACGUAGCCUCAUUGCAGAAAGCAAUCAAAGACAAAGAAGCACCGAUGAAGGUAGCACAGACAAGACUAGACCACAGGACUUACAGGCCCAAUGUAGAACUAUGCAGAGAUCCUGCACAUUUCAAGAUGGUGAAUGAAGUCGGCGAGAUCCAGAACUCUAUCGACCAGCUCAAGCAGAAACUGGCGGAAUCACAGUCCAGUCUGAGGGAUUUGAUGGCAACACGCAGAUCUCUGGAACAGGAAAUAGCUCUGAAGAAGAACAGCAUCUCCAUUGACCGCGACAAGUGCCUUAAGUUCAGAACUCGCUACCCAAGCACAUCAAAAUUAGUUGGCUACCAAUAAGCGUUAACAAAAUAAAGCAAACCUAAAAAAAAAUUGACAAAAUGAAUGAAACAAAAAAAAACCAAACAUUAUUCUGAAUAAUUUUAGAAUACCUUGAUAAAUGAAAUCUGGUUGGAUCUGGUAAAUUAUGGUAUAUUAGCUAAUAAAUGAAUAUGAUAAUCCUA